AUAAAGAAGUAAUUUGCGUCGUUGCUGAAGUGUGCUGCUGAUGGAUUUGAACAUUCAGGAAACCUCAACGGAGAAAGAAGCGAUAAAGAUGCCGACCAGCGCUCCCAGUACGAGGAUCAUGCCUGCAGCCGGCAGACCUGAUAACGUCGCAGUCUACGAGCCCAACAUCCCUGAGCCCACCUGCAGAGCUGAUCUCCUAAAAUACUGGGUCAAAUUUUCCCUGGAUGACAAGACGGCCAAUAAGAUGCUGUGGGUCACAGAGGGUGGAUCCAAGGCGUCACGCAUGACUGAUGAUGUCACUUGUCCCGUCCUCGACAGACCGGAGAGAUACGAGCACGCCCCCCAGGUUCUUUGCAAAGAAGGCAUCCUGGGCUUCAGAGCUUACUGGGAAGUCAAGUAUUCAGGAUGGGUGGUUGUCGGAGUGGCCUAUGAAGGGGCCGGGAGGAGGGGAAGCGACGGACCCUGCGGGCUGGGGGAGAACGAGCACUCCUGGGGACUCGGGUGGGUGGGAUCCCACUACCAGCUGUGGUUCAAUGGCAAUAACUCAGAUAUAUGUGACAUUCCCCAGUGCACCACCAUCGGGGUGUACCUCGACCAUCCAGCUGGUGUCAUCAAUUUUUACGCAGUGGAGGAGGUGAAGGAGGGAGAGGAGGGCGAAGGCAGGAGGAAGAUCAGGCUGCUGCAGCAGAUUAAAGGCUCCUUCAAGGGGAGGAUGGUGCCAGGUUUGUGGGUCGGACAAAAAUCAUCAUGUACGUUUGUACCGAAGGAGGAGUAAAGUAAUAAAAAGUGCAGUUUUUUAUUUCCAUUUCUCACAUUUCAAUAUAAACUCCAGUGAUAACACAUAAACAUAUCCAUAAGUCAGACACUUUGUGGCAAGUGAAAUUAAAAAAAGAUUCAUUGACCAUGCAUAGAAAAUCUUUCUAUAGAUAAUAAUAUAUUUCUCCAGAAGCUGCUAUUUGUUGAACAGUGUAUAUGAAUGUUAAUUUUGUUGAAACUGAAUGUUAAAUAUUGAUUAUUGGUGUCAUAUAUUUGAUAUGUAUAGUAGCAUUGUGAACUUUGUAUUUUAGCAAUCUGUAUAACAUCUAUAUAAUCUGCACUUUAAAUAAAAUACAUUACCCUGUG